GUGAGGAGGGUCUGAGCUGCCGAGGCACCGCCGCACAGCCCGCCGACUCAGAAAUGCCUCCAGGUCGGUGCGGGGCGCCUCUCCCUCCGCCCUCCGCCCUCCGCCGCUCUGCGGGACCUGACGGUCUGCCCGCGCCGUUGUUUGUUUGCAGACUCGGGAGCUGAAUCAUCCCCGGAGAAGCGGAUUCCUCAUCCGAGCGCAGCCUGAACCCGUCCAGCUUUCGCUCUUCGACUCCAGUUUGUUUCCAGUCUUGACCUACUUCGGGCUGCAGUUAUGGCGUUUUUCGCCAAAAAGAAGAAAUUUAAGUUCCAGACGCAUCUGACGCUGGAGGAGCUGAGCGCCGUGCCCUUCGUCAACGGAGUGCUGUUCUGCAAGCUGAGGCUGCUGGACGGGGACUUCAUGGCCACUUCUUCCAGACAGGAGGUUCAGGAGCACUGUGUUCGCUGGAGGAAGAGGUUCACCUUCGUCUCCAAGAUGAGCGCCAACCCCCACACCGGGGUCCUGGACCCGUCCGUCUGCAGGGUGUCGGUGCGAAAGGAGCUGAAAGGAGGGAAGGCGUACACGAAGGAGGAAGGGAGGCCUGCAGGAGGAAGACCAGGACCCUCUUCAUUUAGGUACCGAGUCCUGACCCCCCCGGCCUCUCCCGUGUCCUUCCAGCUGGGCUUCGCAGACCUCAACAUGGCCGAGUUCGCCGGUUCCGGUUCCACCGUGCGCUGCUGCCUGCUGGAGGGAUACGACACCAAGAACACCCGGCAGGACAACUCCAUCCUGAAGGUGAUCAUCGGCAUGACCCUGCUGUCCGGAGACCCCUGCUUCAAAACGCCUCCGAGCACGGCCAAGUCCAUCUCCGUCCCCGGGCGGGAGCACGCCCUGCAGCCGGACUGUAAGGGGGAGGGAACCGCCGAGCCGGGCCCGGCCGACAGGGUCUCUCUGGGCCGGGCCGCCAAGCCCAGACCCUCCAUCAUCAGCUCGGGUCUCCUGGAGGACUCGGAGUCCGCUCAGAGCCAGCCGGGUCCCGCCGAGAUCUUCCAGUCCGGUCACUCUCGUAACUCCAGCUACGCCAGCCAGCACAGCCGGAUCUCAGGCUACAGCACCGAGCAGUCCUGCUCCUCCAGCCUGUCGGACCUGACGCACCGCAGGAACACCUCCACGGGCAGCAGCGCCUCGGGGGGGCUGGCCUUCACGGCCGACCCGCCUCCCGAGGGGGAGCGUCCAGAGAGACCCCCUCGCCCGCCCCGGCCGGUCCUCCCGCCCAGCAGACCUCUGAGGAGGAAGCAGGACUCGGUGGAGAGCCACCCCUCCUGGGUCAACGACACCCGCAUGGACGCCGACGACAUCGUGGAGAAGAUCGUCCAGAGCCAGAACUUUGCAGAUAUCAACAACACUGAAGACAGUAACCUGCGCCUGUUCGUCAGUAAAGACGGAACCACGGCUCUCAGCGGCAUCCGGCUGGGGAACAGGGUGUCUGCAGGCCGAUACGAGCCGGUGGUGAUCGAGAGCCACUGAGGGGACGGAGGGGACGGAGCCACCGAGGGGACGGAGGGGACGGAGGGCCACUGAACAGGGGGAGGGGAUUGCCCGGUCUUUCCCGGAGCUUCAGCCGGUCUGAGGCUGUGAGGGGACACUCUGGACACUCUGGCCCAUUAGUGCCGUGGACACACCCUGCUGGAGCAGCUGGUCCCUCCCUCCUGGAGCUGGACUCCAGGACCUCCUCGGUCCCCCUUCCUGAUGUUUCAGGUUCUCACUCCAGUCAGCAUAGUCCUGCUCUGAGCAGGUUUAAAUGUGUCUCCUCCGUUUGAAGCCAUGUCCACAGAUGCUCUGACCCCGGAGUCCAGGUCCGGGUCUGGGUCCAGGUCUGGGUCCAGGUGAGGGCACGUUCAUCCGCCUUACGGGGAUUUGAGAAACUGCACGCCUCUGCAGCGCUGCAUGUGAUGAAGUGCUGAACGAAGCACUGAGCAGGAGCUACAGCGAGGGUGUCCAACAUGCGGCUCCCGUCCCCUUUAGGAUCCGCAGACUUGGAUGAACUGAAACAGGGACGUCCAGAGGGGUUCCGAGUCCGGUCUUCCUGCUUCAGCCUGUUCCAGGUCAGACGGCGCCAUUCGUGGCCUGUAGUGAACUGACUUUAAUGUUCUGCUGGAACGUCAGUGUUCUGGAACCUCAGUGUUCUGGAACCUCAGUGUUCUGCUGGAACCUCAGUGUUCUGCUGGAACCUCAGUGUUCUGCUGGAACCUCAGUGUUCUGGAACCUCAGCGUUCUGCUGGAACCUCAGUGUUCUGCUGGAACCUCAGUGUUCUGCUGGAACCUCAGUUUUCUGCUGGAACCUCAGUUUUCUGCUGGAACCUCAGCGUUCUGCUGGAACCUCAGUGUUCUGCUGGAACCUCAGUGUUCUGCUGGAACCGGACCGUCCUCUGGACCUGAAGCUGAUGGGGGGUGUUCUGCUGGCUGCUGCCCCCUGGUGGGGCGUUGCGCCGCAGCCCCUCACUCGGUUCCGUCACUGCCGUCUUCUCAUCAACCAAAGAGGCAGAAAAAGAAGCCCAACCAGAGGAGGAGCUUCUGCUCAACCAGCUGGUUGGUUAGUUUAGUUUACUUUAGUUAGUUUUACAUCCCAGUUUUAUUUUCUUCAUGAAGCUCGCCGUGGGACAGAGAACGCUCCUGUCUUUGAAACAGCAGAGGAAACUGGAAGAAACAGCCUCUCAGUUCUAUAGUCCAGCAUCCUGUGGAUCAGGAUCUGGAUCAGGGUGUCAAAGCUGCGGCCCGGGGACCAAAACGGUUUUCACUUUUCUUUCAGCUAAAUUGUCAUGAGUUCUGAUGUCCACCUUCCACAGCUGAUUCACGCUGCUCCAUCUGGGAUCAACCACUGAGUGUUUCUGGACGUGGCUUCACGUCUCUGGACAUUAUUUAUGUUUUCUGGAGGUUCGUUAUGAGCGACGCACACCACUGGCCUCCCUGAACUUCCUGUUGGAUUAGUAAUGCUCUAACAAAUGAUUUUAUUUUCACGUGUCUUUUAUUAAAUUGAAAUGAAAGCUCUUUUUCCUUCAGUUGUUUUGUGGAAUUUUCCUCUGAGCAAUA